UCCUGAUAAGUACCAAUGAAUCACUUUGAUACUGAAAAAAUCUUAAAAACCCGAUUAUUCGGGUUUGAGUCUCGGCAAGUUCUGAAGCGUUCUAAUUCCUGUCCCUAUAGUGUGUAUUAUCUGGUGAUUAUGAACACGAAACCUCCGGAUUAUGAGAAAGGCCUGUGAAGGAGGACAAGGCCAUGGCCUCCUGGUUCAGCUGGAAUGAGCCUUAUUACCGGAGCCCCCGGCGGGACCCGGCUGAUGUGGUCACUGACACCUUGAUGCUCGAGCUCCAGUGGCAGCUGAAGGAGGCGGAGAGGCAGCAGAGGGAGAGGGAGAACGAGUACCGGCGCCUCAAGACCGGAGUGGACUACAGCUGGCUGGCCAGCACGCCUCGCUCCACCUACAGCAUCAGCACCGGGGAGAGGCUCGGCCUGGAGGACCUCUGCUCCAAGGUGCCGCCGUCCUGCUGUGGGCUGGUCAUACUCAAGUUCAGGGAGGUCAUGCAGGCCAAUGAUCCUGAUGUGCAGGAGGUGUCCAGCCUGUUCCGCUCCGUCCUCUUGGAGGCUCUGGACCACCUGAAGGAGGAGCAGGAGGCGCAGCGGCUGUCCCGCCAGUGGAACAACAAACGUGCCAUGAGCAUGUCCCUCAUGAACUUCAGGUCCCGGAUCAAGAUCAACCCCUUCGGGAGCACGGUUGGUCUGACCUCCGCUGUGGCCGACGGAGCGGGACUGAGCGACCUCAAAACGGUGUCAGAGGAUGUGGAGAGAGGGAUGGAGAGAUCGCAGAGGGUAUGGAGCAUGCCUGAUUUCAGAUACAAAGGAGCCAGCAGCAGUAAAGUCGUUUGAUGUGGAGCGUUCACGAGACAGUGGUGGUGGGACAUUUGUGGUGGGACUGAGCUGCAGUACAUCCACUUUGCACCAGGCGAGGGAGGAGGAAUCCCAUCAUCCUCCUUCCUCUUACAGUAUGAGACCACUCAGCAUUUGAUCUGUUUACUUACCUUUUACUUGUACAUCUGAAAGGGCAAUGUCAGGGAUUUUUCUUAGAUCUUCGAUACCUUGACAACACUGAUUUUCAGCACCAGUUUAAACUGUGCCUGAGAUUAUCACCUCUUGCAGUGAUGCCUUUUAUAUUUUAUAGAGAUUUGGCAUCUAAGCACUGAGAGAUAUUUACUGUAGCCUGGUAGGGAUAUUUAUGUACUUUGAAGGUUGUCUUGAUGCAGGAGAAAACGUACACAAAUGGCCUGAGAGGUUUUCCAUGAGAUUUCUGUAUAGAUGUUACUCAUUCAGUCAUAAUAUAGGUAAUAAUCAAUGUUCACAUUAACGUCAUUCUGAGUGAGGCAUGCUGUUGCCACAGACUGCGCUUUGUUUUCUUGCAGCAGCACAAAGACUAUAAUUCAUGAUUCAAGGUCAGCAGGCUGAAAGCUUUCCAACUGUGAAAAGAUGCAAAGAAAUUAUCAUUAAAUGUCACCCGAUCUUUUUGAGUGAAACAUUCCAAAUCAGCAUCUUCCCAGCCGUUUAUUGCUGUUUCUUUCUUG